CUUUGAUAGACCACUAUAUACAAGACACGUCCGAAAGCUCACAAAUAUUCUCAAGACUUAUAAGCUUGUUGACCUCUCCUGUAUCAUAUCCACAUUAGUCAUGGUCACAUCGACACGAGAAAGGAUUAACAUAGACGAUCUUCUCGACCCCGCCCAUGCCAACGAUGGAGAGAAGUUCUGCGACGAUCGAAGGUCAGAUGCUUGCAGUGAAUGCUUUGCUACUUCUCACUGAGAUAGAGUAUAGACCUUCGCGUCGCUUUUCUGGCAAGGCCAAAAAAGAUACAAUCACACACAAGAUUCAACCUGGGUCGAGAGGGGAGAGAAUGCUGCCUCGCAAGAUUUAUGUUUGUCCCAUGGUAGGAUGCUCCAAAAUCUUUCCAACUUAUGCCAAGAAAAUGAAUCAUUUUCGCCGGAGGCACCUUCCCAGUGCGACCGAGGACCGUCCUAAGGCACAGUUUUACAAUCCACCAAGCCUCGAAAGUCACCAAGCAGCGACCAAAGGCUGCCAGAAUAGCCACAGCUGGAAUCGUGUUCGCGUGAGUUACCCAAGGCUACUGUCAGUACCACUACCGUCCAAUCCUAUUGACAACUAUUCGUGGUCUGCAGAGGACAGUGGUCAGCAUAUAUUGGAGCCUCAUGAUUCAAAGCGCCAACCGGAAAAAAAAGGGAUAAGUGCAGCAUAUCCCAAGAGAUUGAGGAUAUCUUGCCUUCUGGAUCCCGCUUAGCUGUCAGCAGCGCUGGAAGGAGAAGCAAUAAACAGUGAUCACUGAAUUUGGCUUCACUGGGGGUGGAAUCAACGCCGCAGGCUCUUGGGAGCGAAGGAAGAAGAGCUGGAC